AUGGACCGUGUGAACACUGCCAAUGCUGCCUAUCCUCAAGUCAGACUUGCUCCAUUGCCCCAAAGAGACUACUACCAGACCCAGACCGUGGCUGAAUACGACCUCUACGAGUCCGAUGCCGUUCAAUAUCACCCACCUCCUCCACCGGCACACCAGCGUCAAACUCAACAUCCAUAUCAUCCACCACCGCCACACAACAAACUUCCCCUGAGCUCACCUACUUCGGCUUCUUCGUCGUCCUCGGCCUCGUCCUCUAAUUGGACAAUCGCGGGUAGACCUUCCUCGGUCGACUUGCCUGUAUCGUCCCAGUCGUAUACUCACAACAACACCAACGACAACGUCAAAGUCCAAGUCCCUCUCGACUUUGAUCUCGGAUGUCUUUCCCUCGACGACCGGUCUGACACCAGCAGCAUUACUGGCCUAGACCUAAACUCGCCUCUGCUGCGUUUUGCCGAAGGAGAGUCCCAAAAGCCUGUUGAAAGAUCAGGCUACGUUGACGAUACUCGGUUCUCGGGCUCGGAUCAAGGAUAUCCCCUUUCUUAUGUUCCUCCGUCCACUCUCUCUGAAGGCGCUGCUGCUGCGUCUCCUAUUGUCAAUGCAGCUUUUGUCCCUAUGCGGAGCUCCCCUGCCUCGCAGCGUACAAGCAUGGAUUCCACCCAUUCCUCCUUUCGAGCAUAUGCUGCAGCCAACAAUAACCCCUCUGGGUCGCCUUACAUGACCUCUCCGCAGUCGCUGCACAACAAUCCCGUCCACCAGGCUGCCGAUUACGCCUACGGUAACGACUAUCAUCGUCCUCCUCCAGCCCACGGUCAAGACCGCCCACGACCUCGCCCCCGUGGACCUCCUCAACCCUAUGGCCAAUACCCCCAACAGGAUCCUCGAUACUCACAGCAGCUUCAUCAAUACCCGGGUGGUUAUACUAACGGAUACCAGCAAGCAGGAAAUGAGCAAUACGGGCAGGAGUACUACCCCGAAUCUCAGCAUGCGCAAUAUCCACCACACAAUCAACAACCCCAUCAUCCCAACGGAAGACCUGGUUUUCGCCCUCAUGGGCCUGGAUUCGGUGGCCCGAGACCUUUCCCUGUUCGGCCCGGAGGAGCCAACCUGCAACCCUCGCCCUCUAUGCGUGGUCCAGGACCCGGUCGCCCUCGCCCCAUGAUGAUGGGCCCAGGUGGCCCCGGAGGACAAGGAGCCCCAGGACCUUAUGGACCACGUCCACCUCACCGAGGCGAUACAGGAAAUGGCAUGGGACCAGGUCCUGUAAGGCCGGGUGGCCCUGCUGGAGGACCCAACAUGGCGCCACGGAGGCGGACCUUGACUCUGGAGGUUCUCAACGAGAUGCGCCAGCGGGCUAGGAACACUAAUGACCCUGCCACACAACUGGACUAUGCCAAGGCUUUGAUUGAGGCAGCAGUGACAUUCGGAAACGACGACCCAGACCCCAAGCGGCAGAAGAAGAAUAAGGAGGCGCUCUUCUUGGAGGGACUCAAGAUCAUCAAGCGACUGGCAACAACAGGAGUGGGUAUUGGCAAGCCUGCCUACCCGGAGGCACAAUUCUUUUUGGCCAACUGCUAUGGUAACGGAUCACUGGGACUGCAGAUCGAUCACGAUAAGGCUUUCAACCUCUAUGUCCAAGCCUCAAAACAGAAUCAUCCCGCAUCGACAUAUCGAACUGCCGUGUGCUACGAGAUUGGCGCCGGAACUAAAAAAGAUAGCAGUCGAGCUGUCCAAUCUUACCGCAAGGCAGCAGCUUUGGGCGACACUGCUGGAAUGUACAAGUUGGGCAUGGUUAUUCUCAAAGGAAUGUUGGGACAGCACAGCAAUCCAAGGGAGGCGAUCACCUGGCUCAAGCGCGCGGCGUCCAAUGCGGACGAGGACAACCCACACGCCUUGCACGAACUAGGUCUUUGUUUCGAGAAAGCCGGUAUCCCGACUGUCAUCCCCGACGAGGGCUACUCGCGCGAGUUGUUCACUCAGGCAGCAGGGUUUGGAUAUGCGCCCAGUCAGUUCAAGUUGGGCCACUGCUACGAGUAUGGAGCGUUGACAUGCCCUGUCGAUCCACGGAGGAGUAUCGCCUGGUACACCCGAGCCGCCGAACAAGGAGAUGCGGAGAGUGAGCUAGGACUUUCGGGAUGGUACCUGACCGGAGCCGAGGGUGUCUUGAAGCAGAGCGAUACCGAGGCCUAUCUCUGGGCGCGGAAAGCUGCUGACAAGGGACUUUCCCGCGCCGAGUAUGCCGUUGGAUACUAUUCUGAGGUUGGAAUUGGUGUUAAGCAGGAUCUGGAUGAAGCAAGGAGAUGGUACCUGAGAUCUGCGGCACAGGGUAACAACCGAGCUAAGAAGCGACUGGUGGACAUGAAGAAGCUUGGAGCUAUGCGCCGUAUCCGCCACGACCGCGCACGCCAAGCCGACCAACAAGGCCCCGACGACGAGAACUGCAAAGUCAUGUAG